UGGCUCUUCGGAAAAUUAAAGUCAAUCAAUACGUUCCCCAACAACCGCCAUGAAUUUAUCUCAGCUUUCUCUCUCCACCGCACUCUCUCAUACUCUGCAGCUUCCCCACCGCCGGAGCAUUCAUUUUCAGUCGUUCAACGUUGCAGCUUCUUCUUCUUCUCCUUCUUCGCCGACGACUACUUUUUCGAAUCACCGAGUUGUUGUUACACGGGAGCGUGGUAAAAAUGGCAAGCUCAUGAAAGCUCUUGCACCACAUGGGAUCCAUUGUUUGGAGCUUCCCCUAAUUCAGCAUAAACAUUUACCUGAUCUGGACAGAGUUUCUGCUCUAUUGAGUGCAACUACUUUUGAUUGGAUCAUCAUCACUUCACCUGAAGCAGCCCUCGUCUUUCUUGAUGCCUGGAAAGGUGCUGGUUCCCCGAGUGUGAAGAUAGCCGUGGUUGGAACUGGUACAGCAAGCAUAUUUGAUGAAGCUCAAUCCAUUGAUGUUGCAUUUGUCCCAUCAAAAGCAACCGGGAAGGUUCUUGCUUCAGAGCUGCCAAACCAUGGGAAUGAAAAUUGCACUGUUCUAUAUCCUGCUUCUGAAAAAGCUAGUCAUGACUUAGAAAAUGGGCUUUCUAAACGUGGAUUUCACGUCACACGAUUAAAUACUUACACAACGGAAACUGUUCAACAUGUGGACCAAAUGAUUUUUGAACAAGCACUUUCUGCUUCUGUUGUUGCAGUUGCAUCACCUUCUGCAAUUAGAGCAUGGAUGAAUCUUGAAUCUGUGUCAGAUCGGUGGCAUGGUUCUGUUGCAUGCAUUGGUGAAACCACCGCUUCAGCUGCCAAAAGAAUGGGCUUGAGAAAUGUGUACUACCCAUCCAGCCCUGGCCUUCAAGGUUGGGUUGACAGCAUUAUUGAUGCUUUAGGAGUCCAUAAGCAAGUCCAAAAGAUAUCUGCUGUCGGUGUACAAAAAUAAUCGAGUAGGAAAAUCAUGUAAAAAAAAAAUUGCUUCGCAUUUAAAUGUCGAGAAAUGAUGAGAAACUUGGAAGAGAUGCUUCCUUCUUGAAUUUGUAUAUAAACUCAAUACUCCUAUUGGAACAAGAUUUUUUUUUUCUUUUUCACUUGAUACAAAAAAAAAAAAAAAUG